AUGUCAGUCACGCGAACACAAACACAAACACAAACACAAACGCGCAGUCAUGCAGGACACUCACAUGGACACGGACAUGGGGGGCAUGGACAUAGUCAUGACAAUACAUACCUCACCUCGAGUAACAGACGUGAUGCUGGCGUCAAGAUCACGAGGAUCGGGCUGUUUGUCAACUUGGGUAUGGCUAUAGGAAAAGGAUUUGGAGGCUAUGUCUUCCAUUCACAAGCAUUAAUCGCCGACGGCUUCCACGCCUUGACCGACCUGGUUUCCGACUUCAUGACCUUGGCUACUAUCUCCUGGUCACUGAAACCUGCCACGGAUCGUUUUCCAAGUGGAUUUGGCAAGAUCGAAGGUCUGGGAGCCCUGGGCGUGAGUGGCCUACUUCUAUUCGGGGGUCUGGGUAUGGGUCUCAAUGGCCUUGAUGCUCUGUACUCUCAGUUCUUUCUCGACACAGCGGCACACGCCCAUGAACAUGCUGAACAUUCACACGGGCUGUUCUCCUUUCUCGGUCACAACCAUAGUCACGGGGGUCAUAACAUUCCCAACCUCAAUGCUGCCUGGCUAGCUGCAGGAUCUAUUGUGGUCAAGGAGUGGCUCUACAGGGCGACCAUGAAGAUUGCCCGCGAACGAAAAUCUUCCGUCUUGGCCUCGAAUGCUGUCCACCACAGAAUCGACUCUCUCACCAGCAUUGUUGCUCUUGCUACCAUAGGAGGUGCUCACGUGUUCGCAGAUGCUUCGUGGUUAGACCCUGUUGGUGGUUUGAUCAUAUCUGCCAUGGUCAUCAGAGCCGGUUGGGGCAACACCAAGACAGCUCUCUUAGAGCUCGCAGAUGUCACAGUCGACGACGAGGUCAAAUCUUCCAUCAAAAGAGCUACCACAAAAGCACUGAACGGUGAUAUCAAAAGGGGCAUUGAAGGAGUCAAGCUUGGACACGAAGUUGAGGUCAGAGACAUUCAAGGAAUAAAAUCCGGCCAGAACUAUUUGAUCGACAUCGAACUGGCUGUCCCCAAGAAAUUUACUCUCGAGCAAACCGAACUGAUUGAGAAUGCCGUUCGUGAAAAAACCGGAGCAAAGGUGCGUGGUGUAAGAAGGGUGCGCGUGAAAUUUGUCCCUAUUGAGGAUCCAAGCUCGACACUGGCGAGCGACUUCAUCAAGGCGGAUGUCAGUCCAAGAAGCAGUCCUGAGCCCGAACCAGAAGAUGAGAACGGGAAUGGUCACGAAACCCAUCACAAUGGACACCCUCACAGCAAUGGGCAUGUGCAUCAACAUCCAAAUGGCGAUGCAGCCUGCUCAGCUCAGUGGAAAAAGGAGAAAUGA